AUGGAAACCACAAAGGCUCCUUCUUUGGUUGAGCUAUGCAUCGAAACCGCGAUAGAUAAUCGCAAGUAUCUUGGGGAUGUUGGAGAUGUGGAUUUCAAGUUUCUUGAGCAGAUCUUGUCACACUGUUCCAAGGAGCAGUUGAUGCAUAUAGAGAAGAGAACAAAGGGUAGGGAUUUGAGUCCCGUGACCGACAAGUUCUGGAAGAGAAUUUUUCGGCAGGAGUUUGGAAGUAAAGCCACUGAUGAGUUGAUCCAAAAUAUUGAGGAGGCCAAAAAGAUGAAGCAAAAGAAAAUCAGUUACACAUGGUUGAAAUUGUACCAGGCCAAAUUGAAGAAAUUGGAAGAGGAGGAGAAUGAGGUGGGUGAACGGGUGAAACGGCUGUAUGAGAAAGACGGUGCUCGGAAGCAAAGUCGCCAGGUUCGGGUUUGUAACAAGGUUGAACCAUCACGCAAGAGGAAAAGUAAUUUUGGUGGACAAAACCAACCGAUGAGCAAAGUGAGGAAACGGUUUCAAAAUUGUCUCGAGGUGAGGAAUGCCAGAGCUAUGAAGACGAAGAAAGCUACUAAUUAUUAA